AUGGAUCCGGAGCGUCGCAAGGUUGUCGAGAAGUCGAUGAAGCGGAAACUCGACGCAAGAUGUUCGCUCUUCAUCUUGAUCUACAUCAUGAACUACCUCGAUCGCAACAAUAUGGCUGCUGCCAGGUUAAAGGGACUGCAAGAAGAUCUGAAGCUUAGUGACACACAAUACGCCACAUGCUUGAGUAUUCUCUAUGUGGGAUACAUCCUCAUGCAGCCGAGUUGGUACAUUGGCGCAGCCAUGCUUCUCUGGGGUUUAAUCUCAACACUAUCCGGAGUUGCCCAAAGCUUCGGUGGUAUGGUCGCUAUUAGAUUCUGCCUAGGAUUUGUUGAGGCGGCCUUCCUGCCCGGUGCCCUCCUCAUUCUCUCGAAAUGGUACACUCGCAGCGAGUUGACCAAGCGAAACGCCCUUCUUUUCUGCGGAAACCUCAUUUCGAACGCUUUCUCCGCACUUGUCGGUGCGGGUGUUCUGUCGAACAUGCAAGGCGUACUAGGCCAUGCAGCAUGGCGCUGGUUGUUCUGGAUCGAAGGUGGAGUCACCAUGGGUGUUGCCAUCACCGCUGCUCUCGUACUGCCCGACCUGCCUCAUAACUCGAAAGGCUUCACCGAGGAAGAGCUGCAGGUCGCUCAGCUUCGCAUGAUCGAGGAUGUGGGUGAAGUUGACGAGGACAGCACCGAAGAUGGUGUGUUCGACGGUCUCUUCAUGGCCCUCAAGGACCCCAAAAUCUACGUCCUCAUGUUCACCCUGACCGCCUACGUCGUUGGUCUCAGUUUCAACGCCUUCUUNCCCUCGCUCACAAAGACUCUUGGAUUCGGAUACGUUCCUACUCUGCUUAUGAGCGCUCCUCCAUGGGCAUUCGCCUGUAUUGUUUCUCUGAUCAACGCCUGGCACGCCGAUAGAACCCAAGAGAAGUUCUGGCACAUCGUUGGACCCAUCUGUCUUGGACUUGUCGGCUUCAUCAUCAACAUGUCUACUUUGAACACUGCAGGUCGUUAUGUCGCUCUGUUCCUGCAGGCAAGUUCCUAUGCAGGUUUCAUCGUCUUCUACUCGUGGAUCUCGUCCAGUUUCCCUCGCCCGCCUGCCAAGCGUGCCGUCGCAAUCGCUCUGGUCAACGCAUUCAGUCAGCUUGGAAACAUUGCCGGCUCAUACGUGUGGGACCUCAAGGCGAACGGUUACCGUAAAUCGUAUGGUAUUGUGACAGCAAUGUUUGGUGUCACGAUUGCCGGCUGCGUCGUCAUGAAGAUGAUUCUCGUCAAGCUGAACAAGCAACUCGAGGCUGGAGAGGCUGCUGCUUGGGCCACUAAACCCGAUGUCGCUGAGCACACUGCCGAGAAGGAGUACUUGGACAGUCCCGACGAAGCUCUGCGCAUGAAACAAGGAUUCAGAUAUCUGGUUUAA